AUGGCUGAUGGACAGGCACAACCAUCCGGAGGAUCUUUUGCUCAGCCACAGGUCCCACAUCAUCCUGUCGCCGCCACCACCAUCGGCCCUUUGCACAAUAAGCCCAAGGCGUCAACUUAUGUCGACCAGGAUGAAGGAGGCCAGGUUGAUGAGCUCUGUGAAAUGCAAGAAGAGCUCCCACCUUAUGAUAGCGUAUCCGCUGAGAGGUUCGUGAUGGAUCUCAACGAAAUUCACGAAUGCCGUUGCUCUGAUAUGAUACGAUGGCUCUCCAACCAGAGAUCAUGCCCCUCUAUCAAAGAAUGUCCCACUCUUGGUACCUAUGACGACUUCAUUCUUUUCCCCUCAUCAUCGAGCUGUUCUUCCGAACAAGAUUCCAGUAUCGCGAGCUGCUUUACAGAUGAUCUAUCUUGCAGCACCGAGUGUACUGACACGUUAUCUGCCAAUCCUUCCAUGGAUCCAUCGCUGCCGUCUUCACAAAUAUUGAGGAAGCUGCCGCUCCAGGGCUGUUGCCAAGACCUGGGCCAGGGUCGAAACAUGUCAUUUGCUAACAUCGUAAAUUGGCUUUGCGACGGUGGGAAAGAUUUUGGCUUUACCAAUCUUCAAGAUUCGUUCCUGCAUGGUGCAAUGAACUCGACAAAUACCAACAAACAGAAGGACCCCAGCGUCGAAGAGCCGGCAGCUUAA